CGAGUGACUAUGGGUGAACAAAUCAUGAGUGAGUUCGUGUCCUGAAAAACAUCCUCUGAUCAUUGUCACGACUCUCCUGGCGAGAAUAAGUCCGUGACAUCAUCCAUGGGCUGCAUCAUAUUUGAACGGACGAUUGUUCAUGACAUCAUAGCCGCGAAAAUUUGAAGUAUUUUAUGUUUCGGUGCGAAAAGUAGCCAAGUCCAAUCUUUCUUCUGGCAGCUCAGCCACUCGGCGCUGCUCUGAACGUCAACAUGUACAUCGGAAUCCGAACACACAACUUCUCAUUUCCAGUCCAACUCGGAGUUCAUAGCUUGAACCGGACAGCCCGCAUCGACAACCCACCCAAUUGUUUCCGCGCUUCUCCCGUUCUGAAACGGAUUCGAUUCCGCUUUCGUCAAACCUUAGUCACCACCGCCUGCACCAGUCGAAGUCGAGAUACACAUAUACCUGAUGAAGGCUUCGAGGAGCCUGAGAAUUCAACCCGCAUGUUAGAGUCUAAGGCUGAGGUACAAGAGUUUUCUGCAGAUAACGGCAUCUGGACCCAAAUUGUGGAAAUUGUGAAGUUCUCUGGGCCGGCCGUGGGACUUUGGUUGUGCGGUCCGUUGAUGAGCCUAAUUGACACUAUUAUUGUCGGCCAAGGAAGCUCACUCGAGCUAGCAGCUCUAGGACCAGGGACAGUUUUUUGCGAUAAUGCAAGCUACGUUUUUAUGUUUCUUUCAAUUGCUACUUCUAAUUUGGUGGCUACUGCUCUAGCUAGACAGGAUAAACAUGAAGUUCAACACCAAAUAUCUACACUGCUUUUUAUUGCAUUGACCUUCGGUUGUCUAAUGCUUUUCUUUACAAGAUUAUUUGGUCCAUUGGCCCUAACUGCUUUUGCGGGGGCAAGAAAUGCUGAAAUUAUAAGCGCGGCAAAUACAUAUGUUCAGAUUCGGGGGCUAGCAUGGCCAGCAAUACUAGUUGGAUUGGUCACCCAAAGUGCAAGCCUAGGCAUGAAAGAUUCAUGGGGACCUUUAAAAGCAUUAGCAGUAGCCAGUGCUAUUAAUGGUGUUGGAGAUAUAGUUCUGUGCAGAUUCUUCAAUUACGGAAUUGCAGGAGCUGCAUGGGCAACAAUGGUGUCACAAGUGGUUGCUGCUUAUAUGAUGAUUGAAGCUUUGAACCAGAAAGGAUAUAAUGGCUUUGCAGUCUCUAUUCCUUCUCGUGAGGAACUUUUGCAGUUAUUCAUUCUGGCAGGCCCAGUGUUUGUAACAAUGAUGUCUAAGGUGGCAUUUUACACUUUGCUUGUCUAUUGCAUUACAUCAAUGGGAACACACGUACUUGCUGGCCAUCAGGUCAUGAUACAGCUGUUCUGCUUAUGUGCUGUAUGGAGCGAGCCUCUCUCUCAGACAGCACAGUCAUUUAUGCCCGAGCUGAUAUAUGGAGUUAAUCGAAAUUUGUCAAAGGCUCGAAUGCUGUUCAAGUCAUUGUUGAUGAUUGCUGCACUAAAUGGAUUCUUAUUGGGAUGUAUUGGAACCUCAAUUCCCUGGUUGUUCCCCAAAAUAUUCUCACCUGACCCCAUGGUCAUUCAAGAGAUGCAGCGCAUAUUGAUUCCAUACUUCCUUUCACUUUGUGUGUCGCCCAGUGUCCACAGCCUUGAGGGAACAUUGUUGGCUGGACGAGAUUUGAAAUUCAUCAGUGCAUCAAUGUCUGGGAUUUUUGGUUUGGCUUCCCUCCUCCUUUUGCUAUUGAGUAGUAAAGGAUCUGGUUUGCCAGGCUGUUGGUUUACACUUGUUGCAUUUCAAUGGACUCGUUUUGUUGUUGCCCUAAGACGCCUCACCUCAUCUUCGGGAAUGCUUUAUUCUGUAGAUUUAACUAUGUCAAAAGCUGCAGAGUAAUGUGGCUGGUUUACGCUGCGUUUGGUAGCCUGAUCUGGCCUUUUAUGCUUAUUGGCUAAAUUUAAGUCGUCUACUCAUUAGUUUGUUUUUAUUUCUUUUGUUGCACUUGGGGACAGUUGGUAUAAUUCUUAUUUGGUGGGUUUAAUUAUUAGUUGAUUAGUUGGGGAGGAAGCAAUCAGACUAUGUUGGUCGAUAAUUGUUUCGAAUAUCUCGCAUGUUCAACGAUUAGUCUCUUCAUUAUUGGGGAAACUAUUCUAUGUCUGAUCAGAAAGUGAGAGGACCUAUUGGCUACAAGAAGUCUAGAGAGAAGGGUUGGGUACGUAGGUGGAAGGUUGAAUGUUUGGUUGUUUGUCUUAACGAGUUUAAUACAAGCGUUUUCCAGUUUAA